AUGCUCGCCCUCACGCUGACCGCAGAACUGAACGGCAUUACCGACUUGCGGCCAGCAGACACCGCAGACAGCCCAUACUACUACACAUUCAAAGUCCAAUGCACAUCAUGUCGAGAGACACAUGCAAAUUGGGUUGGUGUGAAUCGUCAUGAGAUGAAUGAGCAAUCAGGCUCCAGAGGUGAAGCCAACUUCGUCUGGAAAUGCAAAAAUUGUAAGCGAGAAUCGCACGCGACAAUCAAGACCGGCCCAGCCGCCUAUGAGCACUCCGAGCCGCCCAAGACCACGAAGCUCAUCGAGAUCGACUGCAGAGGACUAGAGUUUACUGAGUUCAAGCCGGAUGGAGAAUGGCUUGCGAAAGGCAUCGAUUCGGGCUCGAAGUUUGAAGCUAUCGAUCUCAGUGAAGGCGAAUGGUUCGACUACGACGAGAAGGCUGGCGAUGAGGUCAGUGUCAAGGAGAUCAAAUGGGCUAUCGUGAGAGCAUAG